CUUAUCUAUUACCCAAAUGGAAAACAGUAAGCUGCAAAAAAAAAUUAUAAUGACAUAUAAUGAUGCCAUUUUUUCAGUUUCUUCUUGCACUUUAUUGACUAUCCGUUAAAUACAAUUGUAAUAAUUAGGACAAGUACAGCCAACUCCACCUGUAGGUCAUCGACCAAGUUCAUAUGAUAUGCCUACUGUUAUAGUUGUUUAUACUUUGGUGAUUAUUCUAGGCAUUGGGUUAUGCUUCUGUCUUCGAAAAGCAAACCGACUAGUACCUAAUAAGUACAGCUUCCCAAUGAUGUUACGAAGCAGUGGCAACCGAGCACAACAAUGGACUGAAAGGGAUGAGCUAGAAGAUGAAGAGUCACGACAAGGCUUAUUAAAUGAUUUUGAAGACCAAGACGAUAUGGAAGAUGACGAACAAGUAUAUGCUCAAAGGCACAACCCAGUCAUAACAACUAAUAUCAAGACCAGUAAUAGGCCGGAUGACAAUGACGACAGUGAUGGUUUUGGUGAUUUGCAGACUGUAUCAAACAAGACAUCAAAUGCAUUCGUGGUAUCAAUGGACGAUGAUGAAAUGGAUGAUGACGACAAUGUUAACGGACAAUCAAUUAAUACUCAAGUAAAGAAAUCAGUAUGAUAUGAUACUUGAUUUAUUACUGCAGACAUUAAUUCAUAGUUGUAGUUGUAGUUUUAUAUGAUAUUUCAUUCAUUCUUUUUCUCUUUGUUAUAUAAAUACAAUAAAAAAGAAAAAUAGUUUCAUUGGA